CCGAAAGAGGAAGCGCAGCGAAGGCUGAAGCAAACGUUUAGCUGGAGCGUUGCAAAAGACAGCAGCCUCUCGAGUCGCAGAGCUGCUCCCGGGCCCGGACCCCCGCUCCGAGACGCCGCCGAGGCCGCCGCGCGCGCAGAGAGCGGAGCGCGGGGAGAAGGCGCCCCGAGCGGGGCGGAGGAUGGGGGAGUCAAACGACGAUAUAGACCAAAUGUUCAGCACUUUGCUGGGAGAGAUGGACCUUCUAACCCAGAGUUUGGGAGUGGACACUCUUCCCCCUCCUGACCCUAAUCCUCCCAGGGCUGAAUUUAACUACAGUGUGGGUUUUAAGGAUUUAAAUGAGUCCUUAAAUGCACUGGAGGACCAAGACUUAGAUGCCCUCAUGGCAGAUCUGGUAGCAGACAUAAGUCAAGCCGAGCAGCAGACAAUCCAAGCACAGAAAGAGUUUUCUCAAAAUCAAAAUCAUUCAGCAUCUCUGGAGGCCUCAGAUUGCAGUGGUGCUGCCUCUGUAGGUUAUGGAGCAGAUGUCACUGCAGUUAGCAUCAGCCAAUAUGAGGAUGAGUUACCACCUCCCCCAGAUGACCCCAUGUUAGACCUUCCACUGCCUCCACCACCUCCCGAACCUUUCUCUAAGGAAGAAGAAGAGGCCCAAGCCAAGGCUGAUAAGAUUAAGCUAGCGCUGGAGAAGCUGAAGGAGGCCAAGGUUAAGAAGCUCGUGGUCAAGGUGCACAUGAAUGAUAACAGCACGAAGUCACUGAUGGUGGAUGAGCGACAGCUGGCCCGAGAUGUUCUGGACAAUCUUUUUGAAAAAACUCAUUGUGACUGCAAUGUGGACUGGUGUCUUUAUGAAAUAUACCCAGAACUACAGAUUGAGAGGUUUUUUGAAGAUCAUGAAAAUGUUGUUGAAGUCUUAUCAGACUGGACAAGAGACACAGAAAAUAAAGUACUCUUUUUGGAGAAAGAGGAAAAAUAUGCUGUAUUUAAAAACCCCCAGAAUUUCUACUUGGAUAACAAAGGAACGAAAGAAGGCAAGAAAACCACUGAGAAAAUGAAUGCUAAGACAAAGGAAUCCUUACUUGAGGAAAGUUUCUGUGGAACAUCUAUCAUCGUACCAGAACUUGAAGGAGCUCUUUACCUGAAAGAAGAUGGAAAGAAAUCCUGGAAAAGGCGCUAUUUUCUUUUACGAGCUUCUGGAAUUUAUUAUGUACCCAAAGGAAAGACAAAGACGUCCCGAGAUCUGGCUUGUUUUAUACAGUUUGAAAAUGUCAACGUUUACUAUGGGAUUCAGUGCAAAAUGAAAUACAAAGCGCCCACUGACCACUGUUUAGUUUUAAAGCACCCUCAAAUUCAGAAGGAGUCUCAGUACAUCAAGUACCUCUGCUGCGACGAUGCCAGGACUCUCAACCAGUGGGUCAUGGGAAUAAGGAUCGCCAAGUAUGGAAAGACCCUCUACGAUAACUAUCAGCGGGCUGUGGCAAGGGCUGGACUUGCCUCUCGGUGGACAAACCUGAGUACCAUCAAUACAGCUACACCAGCUCAGCCUUCCACAGGACUGAAGACCAGCACCACCCAGUCCAAUGGGCAGAUUCCCCAGGCAGCACCUCGGGUCAGCACUAUUCUCCAAGAGGCCCAGAGACAGGCUGAAACCGCCAAG